AUGGACGCCAUCGCGCAGCGCAAGGAGGAGUCGCUCGAGUUCAAGGAGCGCGCCGAGCGCGCCAUCGAGGCGUUCAACGUCCAAAACUUCAAGCGCGCGGAGCAGCACCUCUCGUCGGCCAUCGAACUUGACCCGGAGAACCACGCCAUCGAACUUGACCCGGAGAACCACGUCUUCUACUCGAACCGCGCCGCCGCGUACAUGGCGAUGGAGACGUUCGAGCAGGCGCUGCGGGCGUGA